GACCAAUCAKUUUCAAGGGAUGAAAUUUUCGAAGUUGGAUGUAUUUGUCAGUAAAUCUUGCUAAUUACUCUUAUCUGCAAUACAAUCACGAUAUUGAUUUAUGUAAUAUGACAGAGGAUGGCGGCAAGGCUUAGAUGACCAGUUUUCCCAUAAGGCAUACGCUGUCAACUCAAGCUAAAUAACACCGAGGCUCAAUUGCCUUCAUUUGUUUGGUUAUCGACUACGCUAACCUCRUCGUGUACUAGUAUGUCCUCCAUGGGAACAUGGCACCCUCAUAUUUACGAUACACAGCCCAAGAAACCGACUCCUUACUUUGUAGCAACGAUUCUUGGCCUCGACUCAUCCCACAUGCCGGCAUUUGUGACUAAAAGCUUAAAAUCUAAACAAACGCUUCUARAGUCGAACGGAACAGAGUCUGGAGGAGUGAAAAUCGAAACCAGUGAGACCACAAGUGGUGUUAAAAAGUCCAACUCACAAUCAAAGCUCUCGAGCGACAAUAUAGACUCGUCCACAAAGCCCGCUGCAUCAUCMAAGAASGUAAAWCGMAUCGUGAAGGCCAAGUGUGACAAAGAUAACGCUAAAAUUAGUAAAAAGAAAAAGAAAGCACGAACGACGUUUACAGGAAGGCAAAUCUUCGAGUUGGAGAAGCAGUUCAACGCUAAGAAAUACUUAACGGCGACAGAACGCAGCGACAUGGCAACAUUGUUAAACGUAACCGAAACGCAAGUGAAAAUAUGGUUUCAAAACAGAAGAACAAAGUGGAAGAAGCAGGAAAAGGGAAGUGAAAAUGAUUCACAUAUGAAACAGUGUAAUAAUAUCAUGACUGAAGGACAAUCCAUGGAGGAUAACUGCUCCGACAGCUCGUCUGAUUCCCCUGAUAACACUAAUAAAUCUCGAGAAAAACAAUCGGAAAACGACGAAGAAAUGAGUGCACCUUCAGAUUAAAACCAUAUAAGCUUUCUCGAUUAGAUUUUCAAGUGUUCUUGUCUUAAUGCGCGAAUGGUGAUUCGUGUUUCAUGCACGGCCGAGCGACGGAAGUACUGCCGCUCCGUGGAGAAGCAAUUGUCACUGUUGAAUGAAGUGCUAAAUUGUUCUCAGAAACUACUCUGGAGUAUUGAGCCAUGAGGCAUUACUGGCUACAAACUAUGAAACAAGAGAACCAAUCUAGCAGUCCCUAUCCUGGGAUGUUAAGUUUAUUUCUGAGUUCUGUAUUGUUUUUCCAAUCUCUGUUGGAUUUACUAAGUGUUAAUAGGCCGUCUGGGCUUCAUGACAAUUAAAUUAUUCUCAAAAAUAGAGCUGUGUUAUUUUGCUCUAUGACGUUCUCGCCAAGUUUGUUAUCUUGAACAAUGGUAUCAGCAUGAGUUUAAGCAAAAUGAAGCAGUCUUAAAACCAUAAACAUUACCAAAACGUCUCAAAUUGUUGAUACUGAGUACUGAACAGUUUAGUCCCGAUAUAAUGACCUUCAGUUUCAGCUGCUGAAACGUUGUACUACCCCUCCUAUCCACAAAACUAUGAGAUUUGUAUUUAACAAGAAAUUAUUUUGAACAUGAGCCUAAAGGGUAUAUGAUCUUAUACGUCUAAUUGAUCCGUUUGAAGUCCGUCAUUGCAAGCGGUCUAGGUGCCCUUCGGCAAUGAGCAUUGAAGUUGAUUUUAUGAAUCAUCACGAUUCUACUUUCUUAUGAUGUGACGAUUUGAAAGGUUUAAUAAAAUUAAGAAGAAAA